GGGGACACACGGGACGCGGAGGGGACACGGGACACAGGGGGGGACCCUCAGGACGCGGGGGCCCGGGGCCGGAACGCGAGAGCCCCGGAACGUCGCAGCGCGGGUCUGGGUUUCCAGAGGAGCACGUUCCGGCGCUGGCCCGCCCCCCCGCGGGCUCAGCCAAUGGGCGGCCAGCGCUGCCCGUGCCCGUCAUGGCGGCGGCGGCCUCGCGCGGGCGCGGCCUCGAGAAGCCGCUUCCGGCGGCGGCGGCGGCGGCGCCCGCGGCCGCGAUGGCGGCGCCCGGCGGGGACGGGGGGGGCGGGCGGCCGUAAGGCCGGGCCGGGACAUGGGCAACGUGCUGGGUCCCGCCGCUCCCCGCGCCCCGCGUCGGGGGGAGCCGCUCGGUAGUCCCGGCAGCUUUGAUGAGUUGCACCGGCAGUGCAAAGAGGUUUUCCCACAGCAGAUGGAGGGAGUGAAGCUGAUCGUCAACAAGAUGCUGAGCAGCCACUUCCAGGUGACGCACGCGGUGCACAUGAGCACCCUCGGCCUCUCCAGCUACCACUUCAACGCCACCUUCGUGGGCGACCGGCAGCUCAGCCCCACCGAGGCCUUCCCCACGCUGGUUGGGGACAUGGACAACAGCGGCAGCCUCAACGCCCAGGUGCUGCACCUCCUGGCCGAGCGCAUCCGCACCAAAGCCGUCUUCCAGACGCACCAAGCCAAAUUUGUCACGUGGCAAUUCGACGGCGAGUACCGGGGGGACGACUGCACCGCCACCCUCACCCUGGGCAACCCCGACCUCCUCGGCGAGUCCGUGAUCCUGGUGGCCCAUUUUCUCCAGAGCGUCACCUCCCGCCUGGUGCUGGGCGGGGAGAUGGUUUAUCACCGGCGGCCGGGGGAGGAAGGUGCCAUCCUCACGCUGGCGGGCAAAUACACGGCUCAGAAGUGGGUGGCGACGCUGAACGUGGGCUACGGCGGCGCCCACGCCAGCUACUACCACCGAGCCAACGAGCAGGUGCAGGUCGGGGUGGAGCUGGAGGCCAACACGCGGCUGCAGGACACCACCUUCGCCUUUGGCUACCAGCUCAACUUGCCGCAAGCCAACAUGGUCUUCAGAGGGCUCCUGGACAGUAACUGGAGCGUCGGGGGGGUGCUGGAGAAGAAGCUGCCCCCCCUGCCCGUCACCCUGGCUCUGGGCGCCUUCCUCAACCACUGGAAGAACCGUUUCCACUGCGGCUUCAGCGUCAUCGUGGGCUGAGGGGCCGCGGCGGGGGGGCCGCUGGCACGUGCCACCGUCCUGCUCAGGGAGCCGCCGCGCCGCCGGGGGGGGGGCACCGGCCGGGCCCCCGCUCUCGCACCGCGCUGCCGGGGGGGAAGGAGCCCGCGGAGGUCGGGGAGGGGGUGUCCCUGGCGUCCGGGGGACACUGUGUGACGGCGUGGGGUGGCCGUUGGCACCUUUGGGCUGAGGAGGGGGGGGGGGGGGGUUGUUCUGACUGCCCCCCCCCUGCCCUGCCGGCGCUCGCCCGCGCCGCCCUCCUCGCCCCGGCACCGCGCUUCCCUCCGGGCGCACGCAGCCGCGGAGCCUGGAAAAAUAAAGGAGCUUUACUUUG